CACUAUCCACCCCUACCCCGACACCCAGCUCUAUACUGCCUCCACUGAUCUGAUUAGUUUGGGUGCCCAAGCGUAGCCACCGCACGUCAAACCGUGGAGACUGCGUUACUCUCAGUUCAGCCACACAGUCGUCCGGGUUCUUGUCCUCUCACAAACGGUGCAGUGGCCCUUUAACAAAAGGGGCCGCGCAGUUGGAGCGUCAACCCUCUACAGGCUGAAGCCCCGCUCACUCAGGAUCCAUUCAUAAAUAAGACAUCGUGUGAAGAGGAAGCUCAUAUAGGCGAAUCUUGUUCUUCAUUCAGCGGGCCGGAGGCGAGGGGCGAGCAGGAACCGGACAUGCUCACCUCGGCCGGGGACCGUGAAUCAGGGGCACGGCUGUGAGAGCAGAAGUGACUUCCCAUGGCUGACCCCUUCAUGUGCGAGCCGUCAGGAGGCAGCUUGAUCCAGCCCAGCGCGUUUCCCGAACCCGACAAAAUGCUGGUUUCUACGUGCUUCCGCUCAACACAAGUCACCCCGGUCUAAAGAGUCUGACGAUUCCUUCCUGCUUUUUAUUUAUUUAUAUUUCUUUUUAAAUAAAUGAAAAAUACGCCAGAGGAGCCGAGGACCUGACAUACCGAUGGAGCAGUGAGUUAUGGCAGCUAAAGAGGAACUGUAUGCCAAAGUGACCCCGCGGAGGCAGCGCCAGAGCCGGCCAAGCACCGUCAAACAUGGGUCCACUCUGGACGUGCUUCUGUCCAUGGGCUUCCCCAAGACCAGGGCGUGACUUGAAAGCUCUGGUUUCGACAGGAGGCAAAAAUGUCCAGGCAGCUUGUGACUGGCUUUUCUCCCAUGUGGAUGACCCUUUCCUGGAUGACCCUCUGCCCAGAGAAUAUGUGUUAUACCUGCGACCCAGUGGGCCGCUGCUCCAGCAGCUCUCACACUUCUGGCAGCAGUCCCGCCUCUCCUGUGGCAAGAAUAAGGCACACAACAUCUUCCCCCACAUCACCCUCUGCCAAUUCUUCAUGUGUGCUGAUGGGAAGGUGGAGGCUCUGUCCGAUGCUCUCCAGACCACUAUGGCCAAGUGGAAGGGUCGCAUACCCAUGCCCCUCUCCCUGGAGCUCUACACCUCCUCAACCUUCAUUGGCCUCUUUGUGGAGGAGCAGCUGGCGGAGGUGCUGAAGAGUUUUGCUGCUGAUUUUGCCACUGAAGCAGCGGUUAAAGCAGAUGUUCAUGUCGAGCCCCAUAAGAAACAACUUCAUGUCACUUUGGCAUACCACUUCCAAGCCAGUCACCUUCCAAUUUUGGAGAAGUUAGCCAAAACCGUGGAUGUGUCUUCGGGCUGUGACUGGCUGGCUGUGCUCUUCUCCCGGGAUAUUCGGUUUGCUAACCAUGAGACACUGCAAGUCAUGUACCCAUAUGUGCCUCAGAAUGACGAUGAGCUUGAGCUGGUGACAGGAGACUUUAUCUUCAUGUCUCCGGUGGAGCAGAGCAGUGCCAGCGAGGGCUGGGUGUACGGCACCUCGCUGGGCACGGGGCUGUCCGGCCUGCUGCCUGAGAACUAUGUCAACCGUGCUGAUGAGUCUGACACCUGGGUUGUCCACGGGUCUCACUCCAUCCUCAAUUGUGCUUCUCCACCUAACUCUGGUAACACUGUGGGUGGGUUAUUAUUUGAUGGACAGCUCAACGACUGCCUACUUGACACUCUCAUGGAUCCUUCCAGCCUCACCGGCCUCUGUCCUCCUAUGCAGGUGUCAAGGCCAACUAGUCAGUCCUCCUUGUCUAAGAUGAGACUGUUUGUGUGUCGCCAUGGGGAGAGGAUGGAUGUGGUGUUUGGGAAACACUGGAUCACUCAGUGCUUUGACUCCAAAGGCUGUUACAUCCGCUCUAAUCUCAACAUGCCAUCCAGCCUGCCAGCCAGAAGCGGAGGUCACCGGGACUAUGAUAAGGAUUGUCCAGUUACUGUGUUUGGCUCCACCCAGGCCCGUCUUGUAGGUGAAGCCCUAUUGGAAAGCCAUACAACUAUAGACUUUGUUUACUGCUCUCCUUCUCUUCGCUGCAUCCAGACUGCUCAGCAUAUUCUGCAGGGUCUCCAGCAGGAGGGAAAGACAAAGAUCCGAGUGGAGCCUGGAUUGUUUGAAUGGACCAAGUGGGUUUCAGGCACAUGUUUACCCACUUGGAUCCCCCCAGCUGAGCUGGCUGCUGCUAACCUGAGUGUGGAUACAACAUACAGACCUCAUAUUCCCAUAAGUAAGCUGGCGGUGUCAGAGUCUUAUGACACUUACAUCAGCAGGAGCUUCCAAGUGACCCGAGAGAUCCUUGCAGAGUGCAAGAACUUAGGAAACACAGUCCUGAUUGUGGCCCAUGCCUCCUCCUUGGAGGCCUGUACUCGCCAGAUACAAGGCCUGAGCCCCCAAAACUCCAAGGACUUUGUCCAAGUUGUCCGAAAGAUUCCUUACUUGGGUUUUUGUGCUUGUGAAGAAAUGGGAGAGACCGGGGUGUGGCAGCUGGUCGACCCCCCAAUCUUGCCUCUGACACACGGACCCAAUCACAGUUUCAACUGGAGGGAAAUGCUAAUGCAGGACUGAAGGAUAUGCUGUUUGGCUCUCUAUCUUUUGGUUGCCCUGAACUGCUGAAAAAGUAUUUAUUUUUAACCUGCACUGCUAUAAAUCCAGCCCAACUACAAAAAAAAAAAAAAAAAAGUAAAAAGUCUGGCUUCCAUCAAAAACAUCAUGUGCAAAAAAAACAUGCAUUCACUGAGGUAAAUGUAUUCAGAUGUACUGCUCAGGAAAGAUGGAAUACACGUUGUGUGGAGACCACAGCAAAAAUGAACUACAGAUUGGGCAGUGGUUUGGUCACAUUCCCCUCAAAUUCCACUUCUUUGCCCAAAAUGUGGAGGUGCUACGAGAAAUCCGGAUAUUUCUUGAUGGUUGCUGAUGAAUCAGGUUUUAUGCCAUGAGAAGGUGUGUCAUUAAGCUCUGUCUGUGGCUCCUCCUCAGGUGUGGUGGUGAAAGUUUAGUGUUCUGCUGCCUUCUCACACACUGUGACCAGAAUUAGAUGAGAAGACUUGCACCACAGAAAUAUUUUUCCAUGUGUCACAAGUUAUUAUUUAACUUGUAGCUAUGACCCUCCUGCGAAAAAGCACAAAAGAAAUGUUGACAAUCAGACAUGGGAGAACUGAUCUUCAUUAUUUCUGGCGUCGAGGUGGGUGGGUUUAUUAUAUGUGUUUUAUUCCUGUAAAUGUCAUAUCAUUAAGUGAUUAACAUUUAGGUGCCUACAUGAAUCCUUUAAGCUUCUCGUGAGGCCCUAGUCCACAGGUAUUAUUUUUGGAGGCAAUGCAGUUUUGAUUACUACCACAGGAGCAACCAAGCCAAUAUGACAAAAGAAUAUACAGACAAUAUAGUGAAAUGGAGACUGUUGUUGGAUUGUUAAUUUUUUCCAGGCGCAUUGACACAAGCUUUUGCUUAUUUAUCAUGACCCUGACACUCUGUGCAAGCCUGAUAAACACACUGCUUUUCAAGCACUUGUUGCAUUUCAUUUUUCAGGUUAUGUCAGAUGAUUUAAGUGCUUACUGCCUAUACCAAUUAUUUGUUGUAUGACUCAGAAAAUCUGUUGAUACUCUCAAAAGUGAAUAAAGCAAAGUUGUGGAAUGAUGUAGGCUUAUACAUAUUAGCCUGUGCCAUGUGUUUUGUAAAAACAUUGCUUCUUCACUCUAGUAACCAGUGGGAAGGUUAGGGCAGCUAAUACCGAAACAGUUACUAUCCUGCAGCAGUGUCAUUGUGUUGUUGAGGCUUCCACUUUCCAUUACAGUAACCCGUUCUCUAAGAAAAAGUUACAAAACAUACCUACCAAAUAUGUUUUGUUUGCUGUAAAUUUACUUUACUGGGCACAAUUUGCACAAUCUGUAUCAGAAUUAGGGACAGGGAACUUAUUUCACUGCGGACGUUUUUGACUUGACAUGGCAGGAAAAAACAGGCGGAAUAAAUAACAUCAAGGUUGGCUCGGUUCCAUUAAGUUUCCAAGCAUGCACGAUGCCAGGACUUCCACCAAGUGGAAUGCAGCCAUCAUUAAUUUGAUUAAACACACCUGUGCUUUUCCUGCUGUGACAUGUCAAAAUGUCUGCCGUGAAAAAUGUGAAACUCUGGAAAGUAAAGCUGUGUUCAGAGGUGUUCAGUGUUAACAGAAGUUGGGCUUUUUUUUUUGGUCCCUAAUUCUUGCCUGCCCUCCAAUCGAAAAGGCCCCGUCUCCUCUGAAGAAGAAGCACUUCUGGACAAGUUUGGACCCUGAAGUGGAGUCAUUGCUACGCUAAUAGCUUUCCAGUCUUUCCCCGGGAUAUAGAGAGGGGUUGUCAACAUUGUAGGAAGCGUUGACUUUUGCGAUAAGGGAACAGACAAGUCUUACGGUCAGAGUAGUGUCAGCUAACGGUUAAGGGCUGAAAGUUAAAAUAACUCAUAAGACUUUUUUUUACUUUUGCUAACACAGGUGAGACAUUUUGUGUUUGCUUUUUAUUAGAUAAGGUAUGAGAAACACCUGUUAAUAGUAGUAGAGAAGACAAAAUAGCUACAUGAGCCUGAAUCUUGGUCGGCUAACAAACUUUUACAAAAGAAAAAAAGGGAGGAGGGGGGGGGCUCAAGCCGUAGUGAAACAAAGUCUUUUCAAGCUAACAGGGUUCAGAGGACGGGGCAGUGAAGGCCAGCAUCCCUGCAGGUAGCAGGUGGCUGAAUAAACUUCUCUAGCGGAUGGAAUCAGCAACCAUCUUCCCACCGAAACACAUGCUGAAACUUGGUGGAACACAGUGCAAACUUUUCUACCAAGUUUCUUGUUUUAUGCUGAAGCAUUGGCCUACACUACCCCUCAAGCCUGACUCCACCUGAUUCCAGAAGACGUCUGACCAUCAGAUCCAGCUUGUGCCCCCCUGAGUCCUGAGAUGCCCUCUGAUCGCUGGAUGAGAGGCUGGACUCACGCUUGAAUCCAGCUCAUUCUGUUGCAGUCUCUGUUGCUCCAGCGGCAGAAGCAGCUGUGAGCAGCGGAAAUGCGCCGCACCGUCCUCAACUGAAGUCCUUUCACAAUGAAUGGCAAGGUAACCAACAAAGUCCAGUCACUUACAGAAUGCCCCUUCACUUCGCCCUGCCCUGUAGUCUUUCCAGUGGUAGCUGUAAACUUGUACAGCAUGUAUGUUGUUGUAUGAAAAUAAGCAAACGCAUUUUAUUCAAAAGCAAACAAAUAAGCAAAGUAAUUCAUUCAGCUACUGUAGCAAGGUGCUGAUAAGUGUCUUUCGUUGUUUUCUCACUCCAAGUUGAAAUGUUUGUAGCCACAAAUUAAUUUUGCUAAUUAUUAAGAGUAAAUGUCCAUUUCUUUGGUG